CUGGGAUUUUAUUUGACCUUUUGUUUCCAAGAAAUGCCCAGAAGUGGUUUGAUGUAGACGUGCUUUUCUUUGGUGUGGCGUGAGAAGUGUUGGGGUAGGUGUGUUUGUGACACUAGCAAGCUGCUGAAGUGGGAGUACCAUGGACUUGCCAGGUGGCCUCCAACUGCGACGCAGCCGUACCAGCAAAAACAUGUGGUUCGAGUGCUUGAAUCCUUGAAGUGCUUUCUCCGACAAUGAAUUAUUUUCGGCUGAGCUUGUGCACUUGUGGCUAAAAAGCUUGGCUUGUUAUCCCAUGGUGUUUCAAUGUGUUUCAGAUCUUUCAUGUUUGAUGAGUUUUCACUAUCAUGUCAUAUUACCUGUGUGAACACUAGUGGCAUCUAGUGACCAUCAAAAAAUAUUGACGAUGUUUGUUACUGUUUUUGAGGCUUUCGCCAGUGUUUCGCAGGCGCCGAAAACAUCCGCUGCCAAGUUGGCCCAGUAAAUUCAUUGGGUCCGGAGCUUCCGCGCCGAAAGAGGGUCGUCGGUGGUGGGGUCGAGUUGCUAUGGCGCUGCUGUUCCUCACCUUUUGGCUCCUCCAAGGGUACGAACUUUUGUCUUCAGCAGACCAUGCCGACUCGCUGAACCAGUCGUGUGAGGAGGAGGCCUCAUUCAUUCAGCUGGGCAAGCCAGGAGAGUCUUGCACCGAGACCUGUAUCUUUGGCAGCAAAUGCAAGGUCGAAAAAUUGAUGAACACACGUGGCGCCGACUUGCUUCAAGUGGCCCGGGAUCUUGGACUACGGCCCAUUGCGCUCAGUCCUUUCAACUCGGCAGAUCCGGCCAGUCCCGACUUCUUUCGUUAUGGGGACAGCAACGAUGGUGAGCUGUUUCAGGCCGAUCCCAAUUUCCCCGUGCAGAGCUGCGAUGCGAAAGGGCCCUACGAACGCUUGUGCUUUUGCGUGAAGAAGCCGACGAAUUGCUGCACAAAGAAGCAACAGAGGAAAUGCAAAAGGAACAGGUAGACCACGGUCGAUCCAGUAGAGAGGACUUGUGUUACUGCAUACAAAGUGCAGUGCAAGCGCAAACUUGAUCAGUGGCACUGAGUUGCUGCGAUUUGGACGCAGAGCUGCUACAGACACCGUGCAGUGACGCACCCGUACAAAGUUUGGGCAG